AUGUUCAAAUACGCUGAUAGUGGUGGAAACAUUAGUAAUUCAAUUAAGGCCAAGAUUAUUAUGGGAAGGAAGAGGAAGCCUGAUCAUCCCCGGCGCAUGAUGUCUGAUGUGCUACAUAACAGGACAUCAGUAGCACCACCAUCAGAGGAGGCAUCACAUCGGCCACUAUCGGAGGGGCCUUUAGUGGCACCACAGCAGCUACCAUGUACUCAGCCUCCACGCCUACCAUCGGUGCGUCCACCAUCAGUGCCACCACAGCAGCUAUCAUCAUCAGCUUAUAAGCCAUCCGCAGACCCUUCGACUUCUUCACAGGCCACCUCAGAUUCCCUCAAGUGCCAGUUGAGUAGUUAA